GAGACAAGAACAUGGAAAACCUACCUUUGGGAGAUUUCUCCUCACCCUCUACAGCCCUACAGAGCAACCUGUCAGUAACCCUCGGCGGCGUCUCCAAGAGAGAAGGCAACAAGAUGGGAUUGCUGUCUAUCCUGCGUAAGCUAAAGAGCACACCAGACCAGGAGGUGAGGAUACUUCUUCUGGGUCUGGACAACGGCGGGAAGACCACCCUGCUCAAACAGCUGGCAUCUGAGGACAUCAGCCACAUCACCCCCACACAGGGGUUUAACAUUAAAAGCGUCCAGUCUCAGGGUUUUAAACUGAAUGUUUGGGACAUUGGGGGCCAGAGGAAGAUCAGGCCGUAUUGGAGAAACUACUUUGAAAAUACCGAUGUGCUGAUUUAUGUAAUUGACAGCGCUGACAGAAAGAGAUUUGAGGAGACAGGUCAGGAGCUGGCUGAGUUGUUGGAUGAAGAGAAGUUGAGUGGCGUUCCAGUGCUGAUCUUUGCAAACAAGCAGGACCUGCUGACAGCCGCCCCGGCCUCGGAGAUCGCUGAGGGACUGAAUCUGCACACCAUCCGGGAUCGCAUGUGGCAGAUCCAGUCCUGCUCGGCCCUCACUGGGGAGGGCAUUCAGGAGGGCAUGAAUUGGGUGUGCAAGAGCGUCAACUCCAAGAAAAAAUAGCUUUGCUUCUAGUCUACAGCAGCUACACAUACACUGACACACACUGCACCCUCCUGAGCCUUAGUACGAUGGAUAUACCUGUGAAUGUAAACACACUAUUAAUCCAACAUGGACCUGGAGAUUUAAAUCCCCCUGCAUUCCCAAAUUGCUGAUGUUUACUUAUCUCAGAACAUCUUCCUACGCUACAGAGAGGGGGGCAUUUUGACUUUAAAGGGAACACAUGCCAGGAAAUUGACCUCCUCCACCCAGACUACCUGCGUCACCAUCCGCCGCCUGUCCCAACCUCAAACAUUCCCAUUAAACUGCCGUCUUUCAUUGGAAUUCCAGCCUGUCCUUUAAACUCUUUCACACACUGUCCUGGAAACCAGUCUCCUCCUCCUCCUCCUCCUCCUCCUCCUCUCUCCAUCUCCAUCUUGUUCUUACAUGUUGAAAUCUUUUUUUCUUUUUUAUCAUUCCAAGAUGGCUGUACGUUUUUUUCCUGCUAUGGGUCUGUUUGAAGUGAGGUAUAUUUUUGUAAUUGUUUUAUUUAUGGUGAAGUAGAGUGCUUGCAAACAACAACUCUGUGUGUGGUUUUAAAGAAUGUCGGAGAAACGAUUCCAGCUCUCCCCUAUAAAGAAUUAUAUUCUACAUGUUAAUAUGUAAAAAAUAUAAUAAAAGUUGAGUUUAGAGGAACAACUCUUUUAGAUCAAGUGUAAAUAUCUUGGCCCUGUGGUCACAUGUUACGUUAUACACAUGUUAUAGAGUAUAUGUUGUAGUCUAUAAUAUUUGCAUAUCUAAUAUGUGCAGAUUUUUAACAGAGGUACUAUAAGUACUACGUCCCAAUUCAUUUCUUUGUGCUUAUAGGGUUUGUGAGGGAAUUCACUCUUUUUGGCAUUUCCUUUUGAUAUUCUUGAAUGUAACCUGUCCAGAAUUGAAGGUACUGUAUGUGAAUAAAAAGGAUAAGAAAUA